UUUCCUUUUUUUGAAACCCUAGAUCCUCUCUCUCUCUCUCUCUCUCUCUUCCUCGCGGCGAUCCGAAAUGGAUAAAGCCAAGCUUUUUGUCCUAAUUCGGUUCGAAGCCAGCUCAUCCUAUUGGUAAAGGAUCCAUCUUUCGAUCGGAGGUGGGAUUUCCAGGCGCCGUUCUGGCGGAUUGGAUGAGGGAACUGUCGCAAAGGGUUUUGUUGAAGGUGAGGUAGAGCUCCAUGAAGAUGGCUACUGGAACCCCAAUGGGUGGGAGUUUUGAUGAUGAUUUCGAGAGGGAUAUCGAGGCUUUGGUCCGGGAGCAACAUCAAAGUAGAGCUGCCUUUGAUCUCGACCGGGAUGAGCUGAGCUUCCGUAGUGGUAGCGCGCCUCCCACUGUGGAGGGAUCAAGAAAUGCCUUUGGGAGCUUGUUUGGGCAGGAUGUCUUCGCUGAGACCGCCUGCCACCUCGGUGGUCAGGAUUCCAGGGGCUUGCUAUCUGAAGAGGAUUUGAGGUCGCAUCCAGCUUAUUUAUCGUAUUAUUAUUCAAACGAGAAUCUAAAUCCGAGGAUGCCUCCACCGGCUAUAUCAAAGGAGGACUGGCGUGCACAACAGAGGUUUCAUGGUGGGACAUCUUCAUUCGGAGGGAUUGGUGAUAGGCGGAGGAAGAAAGAAUCCAUGGAUGGCGAUGGCCAGAGCAGCUCCCUUUUCUCAUUGCAACCAGGUUUCCUGAUUCAUGAUGGCGAACGGGACAUGCUGGAGGCCAGCAGAGGGGUACUGCCGCCGAAUCUGUCUCAGCAACAGUCAGGAGAAUGGAUUGAGAGUACCGAUGGGCUCAUCGGGCUGCCAGAUGUUGGGCUUGGCAUGAGGAGAAAGAGUUUUGCAGAUGUACUGCAGGAGGAAUUCAGCCGCCCGUCUUCUGCCAUUGGGCAUAUUUCUCGUCCAGUUAGCCGUAAUACAUAUGAUAAUGUUGAUCCGAUAAGAGCUUCAGAUUCACCGCUGAUGCAGCUUCAGAGUGGUUCAGAAGGUUUAGGUGGCAUUCAAUCUGGAACAACUUCCUCCAGUCUUACUAGGGUUCAGAGCCUUGGGGCCUCAAUUUCUCAUUCCUUUGCAUCUGCAUUGGCUUCCUCCCUUUCUAGAAGUACAACCCCUGAUCCUCAAUUAAUUCGGAGAUCUCCAAGCCCCUGCCUUCCACCUGUGGGAGUGAGAAAUAGUGAUAGUGAUAGAUCAAAUGGCUUAGGUGGUGUUUCCUCUCAUAUGGCUGACUAUGGUGAUCUUGUGUCUGCUUUAUCCGACUUUAACUUAUCUGGAAAAAUAUCAUUAGAUGGAGAGUGCCACGUACCAGCUCAGCUUGAUGAGCAAUUUCGUAAUCAAACCGAAUUGCUUUAUGAUGGUGAUAACCGACAAUAUCUGCAGCAAAAGGUCAUCGAUAAGCCCAUGUCACCGUUGUUAAAAAAUUCCACUAAUGUUGUUGGGUACAGUGAUCCAUCUAAAAGAACCAGUAGUUUAACAGAGAUUGGCUUAUCUGAAUUAACUUCUGAUGGGCAAAUGAACUUACCGAAGCAACCCUCCUAUACUAAUGUUUACAAGAAAGUACCUUCUGUGGGUACAACAAUUUCUAAAAGUUUAUAUCCAAAUGCUGAUGUGCCGAACAUUGACUUCAGUGGCUCAAAUUCAAAAUCUUAUACUGGUGGUCAUGGACUACAAACAAUGGUAAACAAUAGGUUAGAUGAAGAAGGACAAUAUCUGAACACAAGUGGGAACCAGGUGGGCUCUGGUUUCCAGGGUCCAAUUAUGGACUCCUUGUAUGCCCAGUAUUUAAGGAGUACUUCUGAUUCGUUAGUACGUGGUCCUGGGAACUUGGAUCACUAUUCAGGAAUGAAUUAUCUUGGUUCCUCACAGAUGAAUUUGCCCGAGUAUCAAACUGCAUAUCUUGGAGCCUUGCUUGCGCAACAAAAAUUACAAUAUAGCAUGCCUCUUCUGAGCAAAUCUGGUGGUUUAAAUCAUGGCUUCAGCAGCAGUCAUGCUUUUGGUAUUGGUAUGCCAUAUCCAGGAAGUCCAUCAUCUACUACCAUUCACUCUCCUAAUUUGGGUUCUGGAAGCCCUGUAAGGCUUAAUGAGCGGCUGUCUCGCAUCCCUUCCAGUAUGAGAAGUGCACCUGGAGGGUCCAUUGGAUCAUGGAUCACAGAAAAUGGUACCAUGAAAGAAGGUUACAUGUCAUCUUUAUUGGAAGAAUUUAAGAACAACAAAACACGAUCCUUCGAGCUCUCAGAUAUUGUAGGGCAUGUUGUUGAAUUCAGUGCGGACCAAUUCGGAAGUCGUUUUAUACAACAAAAACUCGAGACUGCUUCAGUUGAAGAGAAAAGUAAGAUCUUUCCUGAGAUACUUCCGAAAGCUCAUUCUUUGAUGACUGAUGUUUUUGGGAAUUAUGUCAUCCAGAAAUUCUUCGAGCAUGGUACAGAAAUUCAGAGAACGCAACUUGCAAGCCAACUUAAGGGCCAUGUUUUGCCUCUCAGUCUUCAAAUGUAUGGUUGUAGAGUAAUCCAGAAGGCAUUAGAAGUGGUUGAUGUAAAUGAGCAAACUGAGAUGGUGUUGGAGCUUGAUGGACAAAUAAUGAAAUGUGUUCGGGAUCAGAACGGCAACCAUGUAAUCCAGAAAUGUAUUGAAUGUGUCCCACAGGAAAAAAUUAAAUUCAUAAUUGAAUCAUUCUAUGGGCAUGUCGUGGCACUGUCCACCCACCCAUAUGGUUGUCGAGUUAUACAGAGAGUGCUGGAGCAUUGUGAUGAUCCAAAAACUCAGAGCAUUAUGAUGGAUGAAAUCAGGCAAUCUGUUUGUACUUUGGCACAAGAUCAAUAUGGGAAUUAUGUUAUUCAACAUGUUUUGCAGCAUGGUAAACAAGAAGAACGUUCUGAUAUUAUAUGUCAGCUCACUGGACAGAUAGUAAAGAUGAGCCAACAAAAAUAUGCUUCAAAUGUUGUUGAGAAAUGCUUGACCUAUGGGACCGCUGAAGAGCGUCAACUUUUAAUAAAUGAAAUGCUUGGUUCAACUGAUGAAAAUGAACCCUUACAGGCAAUGAUGAAAGACCAAUUUGCUAACUAUGUUGUACAAAAGGUCCUUGAGACAUGUGAUGAUCGAAACCGUGAACUAAUUCUUUCACGCAUCAAGGUUCACUUGAAUGCACUGAAGAGGUACACAUAUGGAAAACAUAUAGUUGCCCGUGUUGAGAAGCUUGUUGCUGCAGGAGAAAGGCGCAUUGGGCAGUCAUCGUAUUCAUCUUGAGAAGCUGCAGUCUGACUCGAUCGAUGGCGUCCUUGUACAGAUAACGAGGCGAGUGUAACCAUCUACUUGUCUUUCUUUUCAGCAUAAAUGGCGAGUUUAAGCCGGACCUGCCUUAAUGUAAAUAAAAGAUAGGCAUGUUCAAAUAAGAGUUUUCCCUGGAUCUCAUGUAUAUUUGCACCUGUAUUCUGAGUAAUAGAUAAAGCAACAGCAAUGUCAUAAUCAGAAAUGAUGUGUAGGGUAGCAGGUGGAGCCAAAUGUAGAAUGUUUGGCCUUUGAAAUGUGUAACAUUUCUAGAACUGUAAAGUUGACAUAGUAAUGGUUCUUAUUAGAGGAGUGCAGGAUGCUCUUCUGCUGCUAA